AGGCGAAGCUCUGAACUCCCCGAGAGUGAAGGUAGGACAGGGAGAGGAAGCAGGAGAACAGAGCUGCACAGUCCCUCCUGACGGCCAAGCCCACACACAAACGCACACAGACACACACUUACUCUGACGCAGGUACUUUUGGACUUUCAACCCGUUUUGUGGACUCCAAAAGCUGUCCUCUGGAACUCUACCUGUGCUUGCCUUCGCUCCCACGCACUCUCCCUCCUCAACUCUCCACCCCAACGUCACUCCCCCAGUCCCCCGCUCGGUGAGGGCAGAUGGCCGCGGCGUGGGCCUCUCUCGGGGGGGCCUUAGGCUGUGCCCUGCUGGCCCUGGUCUUGGGGAGCAGCAUGGAUUUCGGGGCACCCCCUGCGAGCUUCUACCCCCGUUUCAACCCCUUCUUCUUCCUGUGCACCCACCAUGGGGAGCUGGAUGGAAUCGGGGUGGCAGAAGGCGGGGGAGAGGUACUACUCACCCUGCAGAUUACGGGCAACCCCAUCGCCUACACCCCCGGACAGGAGUACCAAGUAACCAUCUCCACCAGUGUAUCCUUUGAUGGUCUGCUGGUGACUGGCCUCUACACCUCCACGCCAUUCCAGUCAGCUCCCAUUCCUGCUCCAGCGGCCUUUGGCUUUGGUGUGAUGCCAGAGCGCCAGUUUGGUGGAACCCAGUUUGUUUGCAGUGUGGUCGCUUCCCAUGUCAGUCACCAGCCGUCCAGCAGCUUCAGCUUCGUCUGGAUCGCCCCCCCACCCGGCACCGGCUGUGUCAACUUUCUAGCCACAGCAACCUAUCGGGGACAGAUCAUUUUCAAGGAUGCUCUGGCCCAACAGCUCUGUGAGCAAGGAGCUCCAACCGAGUCCCCGUUAAGACCUAGUCUUGUGGAGCUCCAUGGAAAACACGCUGUUCUGCGUGACGACUUUGACUCUAACCUCCAGGGCGAGCUGGACCCGAGCAUCUGGUCUGAGUGCAGGAACUGUGAGGUGGGAGAGCAGUGUGGUGUACUGAUGCAUGGCAGAGCGGUCACUUUCUGCGAGCCCUUUGGAGAACGAGAGCUGACCACUGUACCUCUCAACACCAGCACAGCCUCAGUCCUGCAGUUUGCCCUGGGCUCAGGCUCCUGCCGGUUCAGUUACUCAGACCCCAGCAUCACUGUGUCAUACAGCCUAAGUGGCAACGCCAACACCUCAGAUGACUGGAUCACACUGGAGAAGAUCAGGGCCCCGACCAACAGCAGCACCGUUGUCCACCUGCUUCCCCUGCCGCAUCAAUCCAGGGCUGAUGGCGUUCGUCUCCGCUGGUCUCAGGAGGUCCCCCGUGGACCCGAAGGCUACGAGUCCUGCUGGGGGCUGGACAAUGUGCUGCUGGUCAAUGCUGCCCACAGGGCUCCUCUUAUGGAGGACAACUUGGACCCUCCAGACACUGCCAACUGGCUCUUCUUCCCCGGAGCGACUGUCAAGCAUGCCUGUCAGUCCGAAGGCAAUGCCCUGUAUUUCCAUGGUGGUGAGGGAGUUGGCCACAGCUUUGCCUCCACCAGAGACAUUGACCUGCAUCGGGAGGAAGGAAGGAGCUACUGGGAGGAAGACUUUGAAAGUCUACCGUCAAAUUGGGACAUAGAGGGAGCCGUCUGUGGGACCCACUGUGGGGAGAUUGAGUCCGGCUCAGCGCUAGUGUUUGAGAAAGAGGGCAGGAGGAGGCUGUGCACCCCGUACCUCGACACCACGUCUUAUGGAAACCUUCGUUUCUACUUCACCAUGGGUGGCGGGGACUGUGAUCCAGGAGAGUCUCAUGAGAACGACGUGGUUCUGUUUGGAAGGUCUGAAGGCAGGAGGGAACGCGUGGCCCUCGACAGCCUCCCUUACUCUUCUUACAGGAGUCCCGCGCUCGUAUCGGUGGCGCUGCCCACCGAGCUGCAAACACCAGUCACCCAGUUCUGCCUGGAGCAGCGGUCACAUGGGGGGGCCAACCGCCACGUAUGGGCUGUGGACUUCAUGCAGCUGCUCCCAGUGCUGCCUGGCACCCACACACAUGUUGCUCAGUUCUCCAUCAACCUCGGCUGUGGCUCCUACCAGCCUGCCAACAGCGUGAGUCUGGAGUUUUCCACCAACCACGGCCGCUCCUGGUCUCUGCUCCACACCGAGUGUCUGCCAGAGCUCUGUGCUGGACCCCACCUUCCUCACAGCACCAUCUACUCUUCUGACAACUACAGCGGGUGGACCAGAAUCUCCAUCCCUCUGCCCAAUGCUGCCCUGACGGAGACAACACGUUUCCGUUGGAAACAGACAAGCACUGGAUUGGGCAACAUGUGGGCUAUAGACAAUGUGUAUCUCGGUCCGGCCUGCCUUCGUUUCUGCUCUGGGAGAGGUCACUGUUCCCGCACCGGCUGCAAAUGUGACCCUGGCUUCAGUGGUCCUGCCUGUGAGCUCGCCUCCCAAACCUUCCCGGCGUUCCUGUCGGAGGGCUUCUCCAGCCCGCGCCUCUCCUCCUACCACAGCUUCUCCUCGCUCCGUGGUGCCGAGGUCAGCUUCGGUUGUGGCGUGCUGGCCAGCGGGAAGGCCUUGGUCUUCAACAGAGACAGCAGGAGACACUUGGUUACAUCUCCACUAGACAGCUCCCAGGCCAGGUACCUACAGUUUACGCUUCGCCUGGGAAGCCGAAGCACCCUGAGCUCAUGUCCCGCCCCAGACCAGCCAGGAGAGGGAGUCCUGCUACAUUACUCCUCAGACAACGGCAUCACUUGGACACUGCUGCAGCACUACGCUUACCAAGGCUUCCAUGAGCCAAGGAUCGUGUCGGUCGAGCUCCCUGCCGGUGCUCGUAAAUUCGGCGUGCAGUUCCGCUGGUGGCAGCCGUACCAUUCAGGUCGCGGUCACGAUGUGUGGGCCCUGGAUGAGAUCAGCAUGACCUCCGUGCUGUUUAACACUAUAAGCCUGGACUUCAGCAACGUGCUGGACGUCACCCAGAGUCUCGGUUUCUAUCUCGGCCUUGUCCAGCCCUACUGCCAACACGACUGGACCCUCAGCUUCUCCGGGGAGCCCAGCCCCGGCUCCAGUAUUCGUUACGUGGAAACUCAGUCGAUGCAGAUCGGCGCCUCCUACAGCCUGCAGUUCUCACUGGUCAUGGGCUGUGGUCGCGAGCCGUCCCCUCACAUUGACACUCAGGUCCGCCUGGAGUUCUCCACCAAUCAUGGCCUCACUUGGCACCUGGUCAAAGAGGCCUGUCUGCCCGGCAUGACAAGCUGCUCUGAGUUUACAGCUCCCAGCGUUUACCAUCCAUCAGAGUUCAAAGACUGGAGACGCAUCACUUUGUCUCUGCCUCAGAAGACAUGGUCCAGCGCAACACGGUUCCGCUGGAUCCAAAACUACUACGGAGAGCAGGACGAGUGGGCCCUGGAUGACAUCUACAUCGGCCAGCAAUGUCCUAAUAUGUGCCACGGACAUGGAUGGUGUGACCAUGGACACUGCAGGUGUGAUGAAGGUUUCUCUGGAACAGACUGCCAGCCCUCCUCCCCCCUCUCCUCCAGCGUACUCUCUGACUUUGAGUCCCAGGAUGCACUGCUGGCCACAUGGAGGGAGGUGAUUGGUGGAGAGGUGGUCACCCCCGACAUGGGCUGUGGGGUGGUCUCAUCUGGAUCAUCCCUGUACUUCAGCAAGGCUGGGCUGAGGCAGCUGUUGAGCUGGGACCUGGACACUGAAUGGGCGGAGUUUGUGCAGUUCUACCUGCGGGUGGGCGGAGACUGGGCCGAGUGUAAUCAGGCGGACAGCCGGGAGGAAGGAGUGCUGUUGCAGUACAGCAACGACGGAGGCAUAAACUGGGGCCUCAUCGCCGAGAUGUACUUCACCGACUUCACCAAGCCUCGCUUUGUCCACUAUGAGCUUCCCUUGGCCUCAAAGACGCCCUCUACAAGGUUUCGGUGGUGGCAGCCUCUUCACUCUGGGGAUGGUUACGAUCAGUGGGCAAUUGAUGACAUCAUCAUUUUAUCAGAGAGGGAGAAACACAUCAUCCCCAUGGCCAAUCCAACUCUACCACAGAACUUCUACGAGAAGCCAGCAUUUGACUACCCUCUGAACCAGAUGAGUGUGUGGCUGAUGCUGGGUAAUGAAGGCAUGGAGAGGGAAAGCAACAACAGCUUCUGCGCCUCAACGCCUUCUGCAAUGGUGUUUGGCCGCUCCGAUGGGGACAGGGUGGCCGUCACCAGGGACCUGGCCUUGCGGUCUGGCUACACCCUUCAGUUUAAGUUGAACAUAGGCUGCGAAUCAGAGUUCAGCGCGUCUGCUCCAGUCAUGCUGCAGUACUCUCACGAUGCCGGGCGCACCUGGGCGCUGGUCCGAGAGGGCUGUUACCCAGGAACCCUGGGGGCAGGUGUCUGUGAGGGCAGUGGUCGGGAGCUUAGAGAGCCCACCGUCUACAACACUGGAGACUACGAACAGUGGACCAGGGUGACUGUGGUAAUACCACGCAACGUUGCAGCCAGUAAAACACGCUUCCGCUGGUUCCAGGAGAGCAGCGUGUACAGAGAUGCUCCGCCUUUCGCCCUGGACGGGGUCUACAUCUCUGAGCCUUGUCCCAACCACUGUGGGGGACAUGGAGAUUGCAUCUCUGGCGUUUGCUUCUGUGAUAUGGGUUACACAGUGGAGCAGGAUAGUUGUGUGCCGUCGGUGGCCGGUCCCACUGAGCUGACUGAGGGCUUCGAGGGGAAGUUGAGCCCUCUCUGGCAGAGCCUAAGUGGGGGACAAAUUGGAGGUGGAUGUGGCAUCAUUGGGGAGGGCAAAGCUCUGUACUUCAGUAGCCCCGGGAGGAGAGAAGCGCGCACAGUGCCUCUAGACACCACCAACACCCGAUUGGUUCAAUUCUACAUCCGAAUAGGCAGCAAGAGUUUGGGGCCCACGUGCACGAGGCCUCGGUCCCGCAACGAAGGAGUCAUUGUCCAGUUCUCUACAAACAAUGGGGUCCAAUGGCAGUUCGUUAGGGAGCUGGACUUUAGUUCCUUCCUAGAGCCCCAAGUGGUGACCAUAGAGUUACCACCUGUUGCCAAAACUCCUUACACAGUAUUUCGGUGGUGGCAGCCACAGCAGGGGAAACACUCUGCACAGUGGGCUUUGGAUGAUGUCUUGAUCGGUAUGAACGACAGCUCCAGAACCGGCUUCCACGACAAGUUUGACGGGAUGACGCCUCUGAGGCACAACUGGUACCGCGUUCAGGGUGGGGAAGUGACUGUGGACUGUUUAUCUCUGGACACGGCACUGACCUUCAACUCCGAGGCCAUCGAUAAGAAGCCCAGAUAUGCAGAGAGCUGGGACUUUGAGGUGUCCGGCUCGUCAUUCCUCCAGUUUGAGCUGAGUAUGGGCUGCAGUAAGUCCACCUCUUUCUCCCACGGUGUGCGACUGGAGUACUCUACAGACUGCGGUCAUCACUGGUCUCUCAUCACCCCGGAGUGUGUGCCGCCCGCCAUCGGCUGCGCUGGUUAUACGCAGAGUUCCAUCUACACCUCGACCCAGUACAAACACUGGAGGAGGAUCACUGUCUACCUUCCCAGUGCUGCUAAUUCCCCCAGAACUCGGUUCCGUUGGAUUCAAACCCACUUCACCCCAGGGGCCGAAGGAUGGGCUCUGGAUAACGUGUUGCUCGCCCCGGGCUGCCCGUGGAUGUGCUCCGGACACGGUCUGUGCGACAAUGGCCGCUGUGUGUGCGACAAGGCUUAUGGAGGGACACACUGUGUGCCUUUGGCCCAACUGCCGACUGUGCUGAGAGAAGACUUUAAUGAGAACCUGCAACAGGAGACAUGGCCGGAGGUGUACGGAGCGGAGAGGGGAACUCUGAGCGGAGAGCCUCUUAAAUCUGGCACCGCCCUCAUAUUCAAAGGGGACGGUCUGCGAAUGAUCGUCUCUCGGGAUCUGGACUGCACCAACACUCUCUACAUCCAGUUCUCCUUCAAAUUCAUUACUAAAGGCGUCCCAGAGCGCUCCCAUUCAGUGCUGCUGCAGUACUCUGUGAACGGAGGAAUCAGCUGGUUGAUGUUGGAUGAGUUCUAUUUCCCAGCUUCCACGGACACUCUGUUCCUCCACCUGCCACUGCCGGCCAGCGCUCAGACCAACGCCACCCGCUUCAGACUCUGGCAGCCCUACAACAGCGGAAAGAAAGAGGAGGUGUGGGUCAUAGAUGAUCUCAUCAUUGAUGGAAGCUCCCUACACAACCCACCAACGGUGAUAGACAGCUUUGACGAAGGUCCCAAUGAGUCCAACUGGUUGUUCUUCCCCGGAGGAAACACUGGACUCUACUGUCCCUACCAGAAGACUGGAAUCGAGGAGGACGACUCAGCAAUGGUGUUUGUCUCCAGCGAGCUCGGCGAGCACUCCAUCACCACGCGGGACAUUGACGUAAAUGAGAACACUAUCCUCCAGUUUGAGAUCAAUGUCGGCUGCACAUCUGAAAGCAGUUCCUCCCACCCGGUGCGUCUCCAGUUCUCACGGGACUUUGGUGCCACGUGGCACCUUUUGGUGCCCCUGUGUGCCGGUGGGCCCCAGCCCUCCUCGCUGUGCUCCACGGAGCUCAACCCUGCCAGCGUCUACUUCCCUGGUACAACUCAGGGCUGGAGGAGGGAGGUUAUUCACUCUGGAAAGCUUCGCCUCUGUGGGUCAGUGAGGUUCCGAUGGUACCAGGGUUUCUUUUCAACUGGUUCUUCUCCUCCAACGUGGGCGUUAGACAACAUCUACAUUGGCCCACAGUGUCAGGACAUGUGCAACGGCCACGGUACUUGUGUGGGUGGAAGCCACUGUGUGUGUGACCCCGGCCACUCUGGAUCUGACUGCUCUGUGCCCGACACCCCCAACCCCGAUUUCUUAAAGGAGGACUUCGAAGGGGGAGCUGUGGAUGCGGAGCGUUUCAGACUGCUGAGCGGGGGCAAACCAUCCAGGAAGUGUGGCAUCAUGUCGAGUGGAAACCACCUGUUCUUCAGUGAGGACGGCCUGCGCAUGUUGGUCACCAAUGACAUGGACCUGGCUAAUGCUAGGUUUGUUCAGUUCUUCCUGCGCCUCGGUUGUGGUAAAGCUGCUCCAGACCCUCGCUCCCAGCCGGUUUUGCUGCAGUUCUCGGUGGACGGAGGACUCUCCUGGGGCCUCCUGCAGGAAUUUCUCUUCAGUAACAGCAGUAAUCAGGCUCGCCUGGUGGCCUUGGAGAUCCCUCUGCGUGCUCGCACGUCUUCCACUCGCCUCCGCUGGUGGCAGCCCUCAGAGAAUGGACACUUUUAUAGCCCAUGGGUCAUUGAUCAGGUGGUAGUAGGCGGCAGUGCCAGUGGCUGGGGACCUUUGGAAGAUGACUUCUCAUCAACUGACGGGCGCUCAUGGCUCCUCCACCCUGGAGGAACCCGAAUGCCCGUUUGCGGGUCGGAUGGGCCAGCUUUCGCUUUUAUAGAAAAGUCCAACACUCGCUAUGCUGUCACCACUGACAUCAGUCUGGGUCCAGACGCCUUCAUCCAGUUUGACUUUUCUGCUUCCUGCUCUGUCACCAACUCCUGCUACUCGGUGGAGUUGGAGUAUUCUCUGGAUCUGGGUCUGACCUGGCAGCCUGUGGUCAGAGACUGUCUGCCUACGAGCCCCGACUGCUCCUCCUUUACGCUGCAGAGGCUGCUGGUUUCUGACACAUUUAACAAGUGGGGCCGCAUCACCCUGCCCCUCCCAUCAUAUGCCAGGUCUCCGGCCACGAGGUUCCGUUGGUUCCAGCAGGCUCCGUUUGACAAGCAGCAGACGUGGGCUCUGGAUAACCUCUACAUCGGAGACGGCUGCCCAGAUAUGUGCUCUGGACACGGACGCUGCCAACAGAGCUCCUGUGUGUGUGACCCCGAGUGGGGCGGAGAGUACUGCGAUGAGCCCGUGGUUCCUCUGCCCUCCCAGCUGAAGGACAGCUUCAGCCGAGCUCCUUCCCUCAGCCACUGGCACGUACUCACCGGCGGGAAACUCAGCACUGUGUGUGGAGCCGUGGCCUCUGGAGCUGCUUUGCACUUCAGUGGGAGCUGCAGCCGUCAGCUGGUCACAGUGGACCUCAACCUGACCCACGCCGAGUUCAUCCAGUUCUACUUCAUGUACGGCUGCAUGAUCCCACCCAGCAACCGUAACCAGGGAGUGCUUCUGGAGUACAGCUUGAAUGGAGGAAUCAACUGGCACCUGCUGACAGAAAUCUUCUAUGAUCUGUACACCAAGCCCGGGUUCGUGAAUGUGCUGCUGCCCCCUGCUGCCCGCCAGGAGGGAGUACGUGUGCGCUGGUGGCAGCCACAACAUGAGGGAGCAGACAGCGGUGAUUGGGCUCUGGAUAACAUUCUCAUCGCAGGCUCGGACCCACGGGCGCAGAUAUCGGACACGUUUGGAGGGGUGGCGCUGCCCAACCACGAACGAACCCCUGCUGAUGGGACCUCAGGACGGAUAGGGCAGCUGAGCGAGCAGGAGGAGACACCUAUAGUGAGCGACCAUUGGUUGUUCUCAGAGGACUGCUCAGUGCAGCGUUUCUGCAGCUCCCCUGAUGGAGUGAUGGUGUGUGGCAAUGCUGAUGGGAGCGAGGUGUACGCUGUAACACAUGAUAUCAUCCCCGACAAGGGGUGGGUCAUGCAAUUUAAGAUCGCAGUGGGCUGUGUUGAGCCAGAGCGUCACGCGGAGCGACAAAUCCACGUGCAGUACUCAGUGGACUUUGGAGUGACCUGGAAGUACCUGACGCCGCAGUGCCUGCCUGCUGACCCCCGCUGCGGUGGUCAGGUCUCCCAGCCAUCAGUCUUCUUCCCUGCCGAAGGCUGGAAGAGGGCAGUCUACCCGCUGGCCGACAGCCUGGCCGACACUGCGGUGCGGUUCCGGUUUUUCCAGCAGCACUCAGACAUCCAGUGGGGCGUGGAGAACUUUUACAUCGGGCCAGCGUGUGACGGCCACUGCGGAGGACAUGGAGAUUGUCUGGAUCAGCGCUGUCUCUGUGACCCGGGGUUCACCGGACCGAACUGCUAUGCCAGCACUCCGCUAAAGGCGUCUCUGAAGGAGCGUUUCGACUGGGAGGGGGCAGCAGGCCCUCAGUGGCAGGUGCUGGAGGGCGGGAGGCCCUGUACAGACUGCGGUGUGUUGGUUGAGGGGACAGCCCUGUACUUCGGAGGCGCUGAUGCCAGACAGGCUGUCACUGCAGAUCUGGACCUCCGCGGAGCAAAGUUUGUGGAGUACUGGGCCAGGAUUGGAAGUGACGAUAACAUGACCAUGUGCCACCGUCCGACUUGUCGUAAAGAGGGAGUGCUGCUGGACUUCUCCACUGACGGAGGCGUGUCCUGGACACUGCUGCACGAGAUGGAUUAUCUGAAGUACGUGUCAGUGAGGAGAGACUAUAUCGUCCUCCCUGAAGGAGCUUUGACCAACGCUACUCGCCUGCGCUGGUGGCAGCCAUUUACCAUUUCCUCUGGCCUAGCCACCCCAAGUCUGGAGAGGGCCCAGUGGGCCAUAGACAACAUAUUGGUGGGGGGGUCGGACAUCAACCCACCCACUCUGCUCGACACGUUUGAUGAUGAGGGCGUUUCCCACGAGGAGAGCUGGAGUUUCUACCCCAACGCCGUGCGCACAGCUGGCUUCUGUGGAAACCCCUCCUUCCACUUGUACUGGCCCAACAAAAACCAAGACAAGACACACAACAUCCUGGCCACACGGGAACUCAUAGUGCAGCCCGGUUAUAUUUUACAGUUUAAGAUUGUCGUCGGUUGUGAGGCAGACACCUGUGGAGACCAUCAUUCUGUCCUGCUGCAGUACAGGAAGAAUGCAAGGUCCGACUCGUGGCAGCUGGUACAGUCGGAGUGCCUCCCCUCCUCAGUCAACAAGGUGGGCUGCUCUCCCUUCCAGUUCCACGAGUCCACCAUCUACAGCCCAGUCAACAGCUCAACAUGGACUAGGGUCACUGUGCAACUGCCAGACCACGUCUCGUCAGGGGCUACCGAGUUCCGCUGGAUUCAAAAAGAGGGGACAGGAGAGCGGCAGAGCUGGGGAGUGGACCAUGUCUACAUCGGUGAAGCCUGCCCGGGGCUCUGCAGCGGCCACGGCUACUGUACGAGCGGAGCGGUCUGCAUCUGUGAUGAAGGACACCAUGGUGACGACUGCUCCCUCUUCGGCAGCGACCUGCCCAGCUCCAUCAAGGACAACUUUGAGUCCGGCAGUAUGUCUCCGGAGAGCUGGCAGUUGAUCCAGGGUGGCGGAGUGGGCAGCGGUUGUGGUCAGCUGUCACCGCACGCCCACGGAGACUCACUCUACUUCAAUGGCUGUAAGAUGAGGCAGGCAGUUACCAAACCGCUGGACCUCACAAGAGCCAGGUACAGUAAGAUCAUGUUUGUGCUGCAGAUCGGCAGCCUCGCGCAGACAGACAGCUGUAACAUAGCUCUGGAUCAGCCCGACACGGUCGACCGGGCCGUGCUGCUGCAAUACAGCGUCAACAAUGGAGUGAGCUGGCACGUAAUCGCACAGCACCAGCCCAAAGACUUCAUAAAGGCCCAGAGAGUGUCCUACAAUAUUCCACUAGAGGCGCGAGUUAAAGGGGUGAUGCUGCGGUGGUGGCAGCCACGCCAUGACGGCGCAGGACAUGACCAGUGGGCGUUGGACCAUGUGGAAGUAGUUCUCGUGAGCACCCGUAAGCAAAACUACAUGAUGAACUUUGCCAGACAGACCGGCACACGUCACUAUUACAGCCGCAAGAGGCGGGCACUGCAGCAGCGUGCCUGAACCCCCCCCCCGAGAAGAAAUUCGCCCUCUGACCUGCCAAUCACGCAUUGAUCCGCCAUGUCCAUCCUCUCUGCUCCCGACGACGCGUCGCCCUGUCGAGUCCCUUCCACCGGCGGAUUCCAGGCGACCUUAGACCUCCCUCACCCAUCUCUCCCUACCCUCUGCCACAAACACCAGGCCAUCCAAUCAGCUUACGCCAGCCAAUCAAGGCCUUCGCCAACCACACGGAUCGGUGGGAAUGAAACUCGGAAGAAGGGAGCAAAGCGGCCAUUCUGUUUACUUUUCUCCAUGGACGGUCGGGGUUUCUAGUUGUUUUCUAAUUGUUGCUGUGGUCCCUCUGAUUUCUCAGACAACCCCCCCCCCCCUUCCGGCUUCACUCCCCCGUCACUCACCUUGCCUCUCCUCGCCCUCCUUUUCCCACCACACUGUGAAAUUGAGAUAAAAUAUCACUGCUGAACUGACAAGCCGAUUGGAGAGUUUCCUUCCAGUUCAACUGAGCCGUCGGGGGGGGGGGGGGGGGGGGGACCUCUCCGCCACCGCCAACCAGUUCGCCAAAAAGGGCGUGCAGGAUACCGACCAUUAAGAGGAAAAACGGUGAUGAAGAAGCGGGAAAAAAAACAAAAAAAUAAGAGUACUGUGUUCUUGCUGUUCUGUGUGUCUUUUUGUGAUGAGUUGACUGUGGUGUUCCGUUCAUUUGUUUGUUCGUUUUCUACUAAUUCAUACAGUAUGCUUUUAAAGGGGGAGGGGAUUUCUGUUUCCUUUUCGUUGUUUAUCUGGAAAGUAUUCGGGCAGGGUGGUAAAAACCUUGACCUGCGCAGGAAGAAGGAACGACAGAAUGAUUUGCACGACGGGAAAAGAAAAUAAGAAAAAAUGCGAGACUGAACAUUGACUUUUGUUUUCUUUUAGUCAUUUUUUAUAUGUGUUGGCUCCCGAAAGUACAGAUAUUUAUGGUAAAUGGUUCUUCACGUAACCUAUUUAAGAUGCACUGUGCGUGAAAUCUGUAUGUUAUUUUCUAGUGUUAAGUUAUUAGGCGGUCGAGUCAAGCUCUCAGACUGCAUCAUCUCCCCUCUUCUUUCUCUUCUCAUGUGCUGUUGCGCCCCCCCAAACCCCCCAAACCCCCACCUCCUCUCUUUACUGAUUUCUGAUACCUGGAGGUGAGGCUCUAUUAGUGUUGUUUUUUGAAGUCUGUGUAAUAUGGACCCUCUGCCCUCAGUGUAACUCCAGUAUAGCAAUCUCCUGUAUAUAUACGUGUAUAUCCACUAUGGGGAGACCCAGCAGCCUUAUAAAAGGGAAAUAAAGAACUGUCCAAACCUCA